GGGACGGACACACAGACGAGACGGACACCUCUCCCUCCCACCCCUGCCCCGCACAGCACCCUAACUGUGCGCAACUUGAGGCCGCCUUAGUCCGGGACGCAGAGGCCGGGGCGGGGCGGGGACAGUGUUAUGUGAGGGAAGAGCGAGAGGGGAAAGAGCAAAGGGAACGGAAAGGGGAGGAAAAGAAAUCGUGAGAGAAAGGGAAGGAGGAGAAAGGACAGAGUUUCCUAGCGCCCAGAAGGGGUAAAGAGCCCGAAGGAGCGGAAGCGAUCCUGGGGGGAGAGGAGCGCGCGGAGGGGAGGGGAGAGGAAGGGCGAGGAGGAGGAGUGAGAACUAGAGGAGGGCGAAGGAAGCGUGGCGCGACCCUGCCGGGGAGAGGAGGGCAGCGAGGAGCCCGGCGCGGGCAGAGGCAGCUCCGGCAGCGAGAGGAGGGAGCGCGGCGCGGAGAGGAGGGGCUUGCGGGCCCGUGGAAAUGUCAAUCAGAGCCCGGAGCCGGGGGAAUCUUCGCCAAUCUGUUCGGACCUGACCUGGCUCCUCGCCGCCGCCGCGCCGCCGCCGCCGAGCAGAUCAAUAGGUGAACGCGGAGCGCCGCGCAGCGCGGGAGGCAGCGCGGCCCCAGCCCGGCCCGGCCCCCGAUGCGCGCCGGAGCCCGCGGGUGGCGCUGAGCAGGGCGGCCCCGGGGGCCGGACCCCCUCUCCGUCCGUGCCCCGCGGGCCACCAUGUCCUUCCCCCAGCUCGGAUACCAGUACAUCCGCCCGCUCUACCCACCCGAGCGCCCGGGGGCCGCCGCUGGUGGCGGCAGCGCUGGGGCCCGGGGCGGCCCGGGAGCCGGAGCCUCGGAGCUGGCCGCCUCGGGAUCCCUGUCCAAUGUGCUCUCGUCCGUGUACGGGGCGCCCUACGCUGCGGCGGCAGCGGCGGCAGCCGCCGCCCAAGGCUACGGCGCCUUCCUGCCCUACGCGGCCGAGCUGCCCAUCUUCCCGCAGCUGGGCGCCCAGUAUGAGCUGAAAGACAGCCCCGGGGUGCAGCAUCCGGCCGCGGCAGCCGCGUUUCCGCACCCGCACGCCGCCUUCUACCCGUACGGCCAGUACCAGUUCGGAGACCCGUCCCGUCCCAAGAACGCCACCCGGGAGAGCACGAGCACGCUCAAGGCCUGGCUCAACGAGCACCGCAAGAACCCCUACCCCACCAAGGGCGAGAAGAUCAUGCUGGCCAUCAUCACCAAGAUGACCCUCACCCAGGUGUCCACCUGGUUCGCCAACGCGCGCCGGCGCCUCAAGAAGGAGAACAAGAUGACCUGGGCGCCCCGCAGCCGCACCGACGAGGAGGGCAACGCUUACGGGAGCGAGCGGGAAGAGGAAGACGAGGAGGACGACGAAGACGACGGCAAACGCGAGCUGGAGCUGGAGGAGGAGGAGCUCGGAGGGGAGGAGGAGGACGCGGGGGGCGAGGGCCUGGCGGACGACGACGAGGAGGACGAGGAGAUCGAUUUGGAGAACGUAGACGGCGCAGCCACGCCUGAGCUGGGCCUGGCUGGGGCGGCGCACCGGGACGAGGGCCUCGGCCUGGUACCCAUUUCGGACUCCAAGAACAGCGACUCGGACGACAGCUCCGAGGGCCUGGAGGAGCGUCCGCUGCCGGCCCUGAGUCUGGCCCCAGUACAGCCGCCGAUGGCCGUGGCUCCGCCAUCUCCGCCCUCGCCCCCCGCGGGCCUGGAUCCCUGUGCUCCCGCUCCAGCGCCCGCCUCUGCCCUGCAGAAGCCCAAGAUCUGGUCCCUGGCCGAGACGGCCACAAGCCCCGACAACCCGCGCCGCUCGCCUCCGGGCGCGGGGGGCUCUCCUCCUGGGGCAGCUGUCGCGCCCCCAACCCUGCAGCUCUCCCCGGCCGCGGCGCACAGACUCGUCUCUGCGCCGCUGGGCAAGUUCCCCGCUUGGACCAACCGGCCGUUCCCGGGCCCGCCGCCCGGCCCACGCCCGCACCCUCUCUCCCUGCUCGGCUCAGCCCCUCCACACCUGUUGGGACUUCCCGGAGCCGCGGGUCACCAGGCCACCGCCGCAGCCGCCUUCGCUCGGCCCGCGGAGCCGGAGGGCGGAACAGAUCGCUGUAGUGCCUUGGAAGUGGAGAAAAAGUUACUCAAGACAGCUUUCCAGCCCGUGCCCAGGCGGCCCCAGAACCACCUGGACGCUGCGCUGGUCUUGUCAGCUCUCUCCUCAUCCUAGUUCUUUUAAAAUUUUAAAAAAAAUAAUUGUAAUAAUUGUAAAAAAAAUCGCUCUGUAUAGUUAUGACUUGUAAGCAUGUCUGUGUAUGAAUACCUAAAAAAGAAAACUCAACAAAAAAAUAAAAAGAAAUCAAACAAGUCCCCCCGGGUUCUCCCCAAGUCGCGUCUGUGCCCACAUUAGUUGAGUUGGUGAAAUUGGUUUGUAAGGUUGAUUUUGGGGGGGUGGAGUUUCAGUGCGAGUAAGUGUGUCUGACUUGUUUGUAUAUACAGAAAAAUGUACAUAUGUGUGAACCGAAUUGUACAAGAAAGUAUCUAUUUUUGGCUAAAUAAAUGAGCUGUUGCCAC